GCAAACGGAAAACGGGUUCUCCUGUUCUCCUGUGUGUGCCGCGGCGCCGGAUAUAUAUCGUUCGUACAAGAGUUCAUACGCGAGUCGAUUCCGUGUCACAGUUCGGCGCACGUGAGUGCCUCUCCAUCCGGAGUGGAUUUAGUAGAUUUUUUUUUUUUUGACGAGAACAAAGGGGUUCCGGAUAGAAUCGCAAUUGAGAAAAAAUGGCUGAGGAGGAGCAGCCGAGAUACAGGUUGAUUUACUUCAACGCGCGAGGCCGCGCCGAGCAUAUUCGCUACAUAUUCGCUCACACGGGCAUCGAUUAUAUCGACGAGAGGAUUUCCAACGACCGCUGGCCCGAGUUGAAGAAAUCGAUGCCUUACGGGAUGCUGCCAGUUCUCGAGAUAGACGGCAAACCGAUAGCGCAGAGCAACGCCGUGGCGCGUUACCUCGCACGUGAGCACAAUCUCGCGGGCAAGGACGAAUGGGAAUCUAUGCUGUGCGACGUGCUGGUCGAUACUUUGGGAGAUCUGAAACAGUUCAUAUUUCAAUACCGCACGGAGGAGGAUUCCUUCAAAAAGGAAGAAAAGAAGGCGAGGCUCUUGAGGGAAACAAUACCGUUCUAUCUGAAUAAAUUCGAGCAAACUGUCGCCGAUAACGGAGGUUACGCAGUCGGUUCCACGACUACGUGGGCGGAUUUCGUGUUCACCGUGGCGUUGGAGAACUUCGAAAACAUUUUCGGCGCGGCCGCUCUGGAGAAUUAUCCGGCAUUACGCGGCUUGAAGAAACGAGUGCACGAGAUUCCCGCGAUCGCCGAGUGGCUGGCCAGACGACCUCAUUCCGAGUUCUGAGAUGUUACCGAGAUUAUUGACAAAACCUGAAGAGAAUAAAUGAUCGCGGAAAAAUGCGCGCGAAAAUUCACCAUAGCGCGAAUGAAAAUGUUUUUUUUUAGAAUAUGUGUGUAACAAAUCAAACUUGUUCAAUGUGUUCACUAUCGCGCAUUGUGUGCGUACUUAUGUAUAAUACGUACAUAUACAGAAUGUCUGACAAAUUUUGAGACACAGCUAAAGUGUGAAGAUAGAUUGUGCUUAUACGUAGCGCUGAUGUAUGUGCUUCUGUGUUCUUUUUUUCGAUUUAUAAAUAUAAAGUCAAAUAAUUGUAUAAAAAAAAAAAAAACACAGGGUAAUAUAUAUUAAAUGUCUGGAAAAUGAAAAUAUAUACGUAUAUUCAACAACAAUAACGCGAAGUCAUAACAAUCAUAAAAUUAUUCUGCAAGAAAAGAAUUAACGUAUCAAUGCACAGAGUUCACAAUGCAUAAUGUGUGUGCAAUAUCGUUAGAUGCUGUGUGUGUGUGUGUGUGUGUGUGUGUUGUUAGCAGAUAUAAAAUCGUAUGUUAUAUCAGUCAUUUAAUCUAUUCUGUUGUUCUUAACAAUAAUUAAUUUACGUUUGGAACGUCGCUAACUCACAAUAAACGUAUCAGCUGUAAUUUGAUAUAUUGAGUAAAUGAGCUUAAUUUAAUUUUCAAAUACUAUUGCCAGAAUUGUAGUAAAUUCGUAAAAGAUUAUACACGCAUCAAAAUUAAUAAAUGAGCAAAAAUGUCAUUAAUAAAAUCAACAAGUAUAAACAACAAGUGUAAAAAAUAAUUUAUACAUGCAUAUAUAAAUAUAUGUCAUCAUUAUAUUCAUAUAAAAAAAGCAAAUAAAGAAAAUCAUUCUGUGAUGUGUGAUUGUCUUUAUUUAUGCCAUUGGAAAUCAGUGCGAAAUAUAGACGGACACUACGCAUGCAAUGU